GGCAGAGAAGAAGAGCCAGCUCCAAUUCCUUGUGUUAAUGGCUGGUCCGAUAUUCUGCAAUGUAUGUUUCCAGAAGCCCCAAGGAGCCACUCUAAAUUUCAGCCUGACCAACUGCGGCCAUGUUAUCUGUGGGCAGUGUCUCCAGAAAGGUACAAAAGAUGAGUGUAUGAUUUGCAGAGCUCCAUGUCGUACAAUAGUCCUUUCAAAAAAGGUGAAUUCAGAUAUCCAGUCACUGUUUAUGGGAUUAGAUGGGUUAUGCAGAAAAUAUUCCAAAGAAGUCACACAAAUUGCCCAGUUUCAGGAAAAACACAGAAGACGUCUAUUAGCACAUUAUAGAGAAAAGAUUACAAAGCUGGAAACAUAUCUUAAGAGAGCCUCACAACAAAUCCAGCAUAUACAACAAUUACAACAUCGGGAUUCAUCAAAGGAGGUAGAAGUACCACCUUCAGUAAGGAAAACUGAAACAGUAGCUGGCCCAACAAGAAUAUCACUGAUAAGUCCACCACAGAAUGGACAUAUGGGUAGUGUUACAUGCAGAAGUUCUCAAUUGUCUGGAAUGACUUUAUUUCAAAAAAAGCCACCAGGAUCUAUAAGAUCAUCUCCAUUAAAAAUGCUCAGCAGUGGGAAUUCUUAUAUGUCACCAUUUGUAUCAUCACAAAACAGUAGAAAUCAUAUUCCAAAUACUUUUGGAAUGAGAUCUACUCAGCCUUAUCAGUCCACAUCACCAUCCUCACUCUCAUCUGGGAUAAAACAUCCAAUCACUCUUGUUAACCUUUUACAAAGGCAGCAUUUAGGAUCUACUAAUCUUCCUGGACAUUCAUUACAAAAAUAAAAUUACCUGCAACCUCUGUUUGACAGGAAGAACUCAUCUAUUCUAUAUUUUAAUUUUUUUAUAGAAAUGUACAAUGCAUACCAUUGUAAUAAUUGAUCUAGCUUGAUUAAACACUG